AUGAAAACUCUCACCCAAGAAGAAGCAAAGACAUACUCCACCGACGUCUGGUCCUGGGGCGCCAAAGCCGGUCUAGCCGGACUCGGCGGCGGGCUUCUACUCGUCGGCGCCUUGAACCGCUUCCACCCACGCUUUCGCACCUAUGACCUAUCCAUCAAGGCCUCGCUGCCGCUCUACCCAGCCUUCCUCGGCGCGAUGGCCGGCGCCAGUUACGGAGAGCAUCUCUUCCAGCGCCAAGAACACCCGUGCAUCGGCUACCUCGACGCCAAGCAGCGAACCUUGGAGGCGAUCCGCCGCGACGAAGCGCCGAUCCAGCGCAUGAAGGAAUGGGCCUACGACCACCGGUACAAGCUGUGUGCGGCGACAUGGAUGACCACGAUGCUCGUGGCGAUGCGUAUGAUGCGGCGAGAAGUGGGGAUUAGUGAGGGACAGAAGCUGCUGCAGGGCAGGCUGGUUGCGCAGGGAUCGACGAUCAGCAUCCUACUGUUUACGACCGCGAUGGAGAUGCGGGACGCGAAGAAGGGACGCGGCAUUUAUGAGGAGGUCGAGGUUGUUGAGUGGGAUGACCCGCGGCAUAAACGCCUGCAUGAUGUGCCGAAUGAGAUGAAGGCGGAUAGGAUGUGA